CUCUUGCGCCCCCUCUGCCCACAAGAAUUGAAAACACACAUCGCAAGAACACACCUGAACAUAUCGCGAGACUAACAGCAGAAAACAUGGCAGCAGUCGAGGGAGAGAGCAUCGGCAUCGACCUGGGCACGACCUACUCCUGUGUGGGCGUGUGGCAGAACGACCGUGUGGAGAUCAUCGCCAACGACCAGGGCAACCGCACGACUCCGUCCUACGUUGCCUUCACCGAGACGGAGCGCCUGAUCGGCGAUGCCGCCAAGAACCAGGUGGCGAUGAACGCCACCAACACCGUGUUCGACGCCAAGCGGCUCAUCGGCCGCAGGUACACCGACCCGGCCGUCGCCUCCGACAAGAAGCACUGGCCCUUCCAUGUUGUCGAGGGCCCAGGCGGCAAGCCCACCAUCGAGGUGUCUUUCAAGGGCGAGAAGAAGCAGUUCGCGCCUGAGGAGAUCUCCUCCAUGGUGCUGGUCAAGAUGAAGGAGAUCGCCGAGGCCUACCUUGGCAAGGAGGUGAAGAACGCGGUGAUCACUGUGCCCGCGUACUUCAACGACUCCCAGCGCCAGGCGACCAAGGACGCCGGAUCCAUCUCGGGCCUCAACGUAAUGCGCAUCAUCAACGAGCCGACCGCCGCGGCCAUCGCGUACGGCCUGGACAAAAAGGGCGAGGAGCGCAACGUGCUCAUCUUCGACCUGGGCGGCGGAACCUUCGACGUGAGCGUGCUGACCAUCGAGGAGGGCAUCUUCGAGGUGAAGGCUACCGCGGGGGACACCCACCUGGGAGGGGAGGACUUCGACAACCGCAUGGUGGACUACUUCCUGCAGGAGUUCAAGCGGAAGUUCCGCAAGGACAUGAGCACCAACCAGCGCGCCCUACGACGUCUCCGCACGGCGUGCGAGCGCGCGAAGCGAACCCUCUCGUCGUCCACCCAGGCGCACAUCGAGAUCGACUCCCUGUUCGAGGGCAUCGACUUCAACUCCACCAUCACUCGCGCCCGGUUCGAGGACAUGAACCAGGACUACUUCCAGAAGUGCUUGUCACCCGUGGAGAAGGUGGUGAAGGACGCCAAGAUGUCCAAGGGCCAGAUCCACGAGGUGGUGCUGGUAGGAGGGUCCACGCGUAUCCCCAAGGUGCAGCAGAUGCUUUCGGCGUUCUUCAACGGCAAGGAGCCGUGCAAGUCCAUCAACCCUGACGAGGCCGUCGCGUACGGCGCCACCGUCCAGGCCGCCAUCCUCUCGGGCAAGGACAAGUCAGACAAGCUCGACUCGCUCCUGCUCCUCGACGUGACCCCGCUCGGACAGGGGCUCGAGACGGCCGGCGGCGUCAUGACGACGCUCAUCAAGCGCAACACCACGGUGCCGGUAAAGAAGUCGCAGGUGUUCUCGACCUACGCUGACAACCAGCCGGGUGUGCUGAUCCAGGUGUACGAGGGUGAGCGCACCAUGACCCGCGACUGCAACCUCCUGGGCAAGUUCAACCUGGACGGAAUCCCGCCCAUGCCCAGGGGCCAGCCGCAGAUCGAAGUAACGUUCGACAUCGACGCGAACGGUAUCCUGAACGUGCAUGCCGUGGAGAAGUCCACCGGCAAGGAGAACAAGAUCACCAUCACCAACGACAAGGGCCGUCUCAGCGCCGACGAAAUCGAGCGCAUGGUGGAGGAGGCCGAGCGCUACAAGGCCGAGGACGACGUCCAGAAGAGCCGCGUGGAGGGCAAGAACUCGCUCGAGAACUACGCCUACUCGAUGCGCAACACCAUCAACGAGGAGAAGGUUUCCGCGCAGCUGGACGAAGCCGACAAAAAGACGAUUGAGACCAAGAUCUCGGAGACCAUUGCUUGGCUCGACGCCAACCAAAACGCCGAGAAGGAGGAGUAUGAGGAGAAGCAGAAGGAGCUCGAGGGUGUGUGCAACCCCAUCAUCCAGAAGAUGGCCGGCGGGGCGGGCGGUGGCAUGCCGGGGGGUAUGCCCGGUGGCAUGCCCGACAUGGGUGGCGCCGGGUUCCCCGCCGGAGGGGCGGCACCUGCUCCGGACGCGGAGGCGGACGCCGGCCCCAAGAUCGAGGAGAUCGACUAAAAAGGGAUGCUAGUUUGAUUAGCAUGGCCUCUUGUGAUUGUUUUGUGUAUUUCCUUAAAUUUGGAUGGAAUUUGGACGCUGUGCGGUCGCUGGCAACAGAUCGCCAGAGAUGGUACGCGAGCGAGCGAGCCGUGACACGAAAAAUUCUUGACUGGGAACGAACGAGAGUCAAGCGGUGUACAUGUAUCUAGUGUACGAUGUUGUGUGUUGGUGUGCACCCUGUACCAUUGAGGUGACUAGCCAGCUCCCCCGGCGUUGUGUUUGCACCCUGUCUGUCGAUUGUGCCUCGCCUCGAAUGUCUACUCGUGCUUGAGUUGUUGGUGGAUUAUUCGUGGUGCACGACUAAAGUGUUUUACCAGUCAUUCUAGACGCCUGUGCGUCCUUGUGUGUGAAUUGCCGGUCGGUUGUUCUUUCGUUCGUAUUUGUAUUUGUGCAUGAGCGUGAUAGUUUGUUUUGUCGCUGAUCGUGUCUGUGUUGGUAUCCGUUGUGCUGUCUCAGAUCCCGGAUGGGUUAGUAGAAAUAUAGUGGCGAUGUCCGCCAGGAAAAAUAACGAGAGAAGCACGUAAAGAUAAGCUGAAUGCAACACAUUGUGCGGCGAUGACCUCCCGUUCCUUCAUGUGCCCGAAAUUGGAAGAGAAAUGAACCGCACGCAAAGAGCGUCCAAUGCGUUGGCGUGUGUAGAUGAUGCGCAGACAGACGACCUUUACGGCACAAUCUCAAAUCUACGGUUGGUUUGUGGCCUCAACACCAACUUCCGGACACAUUCACGCACCCAUCUACAGAUUUUCUAGAUUCAACCUCAACCUCUCAACAGCGUCAAAAACGGUACAGACCAAACAUGACAGGCGCUAGAAUCGUUUACCAUUUACGAGGGUCGCGAGAUGUUCCCGACUUCAUUCUACCCCCAAACUUCACUCCUCAACACACACAUGUUUUGGCUCAGCCACCAUGGGUAGGGCAAUCUGGAUUUUUUUAGAUGGAAGCCUUCAUUCACUUUUUUUCUCGAGUUUACCCUCUGUUUGUUGUUUUGGCUGUAUUUCCCUUGAAUCGAGCUCGAUUUCAAAAGAAUAUUUUGCUCUGCAUUUCCUGGCACUUUGCGAACCUAGCUCCGCCCAAAUGCGGUGGUUUGUGCCAAUUAGAGGCGCCGCUUUCAAAAAUUCAUCCCCACCCAUAGUCUCUGUAUAUAGCUAUAUAUNUUCUAUGGCGUCUAUGAGCGAUUCAAAAAAAGACAGGUCAUUCAAGGCUUCAGCAUAUUCUGCUCUAAAACCAGCUUGUAGGUUUAGCACAGCUGCAGCGUUGUCAUCCUGAAGACAUCAGGCAUCUGUAGUAAUCAAACAUUUGGAACCAUCCUUGGCAACAACCGUGUACUUACUCCAUUGGGGGUCUUUGCAAAUACAUCUAUAUUUACCAUGAUUUACACAUCUCGCUACGUUGGUGGUAUUGAACAUCAUAAUAUCUAAGGUGUCACCAUACUUAUAACAAGGGAUAUUACGUUGUAUAGCGUCACGGAAUGCACGGUGUUGGG